GACCUUGAGGUGGCCAAGCUGGGGGACUCCGAUGUCCACGUCAAGAUGUUGGCAGCUCCAAUAAAUCCCGCUGACAUCAAUAUGAUCCAAGGGACCUACGCCAUCCUCUCCCCGCUGCCGGCCGUGGGAGGGAACGAAGGCGUUGGGGAAGUGCUGGAGGUCGGGCGUCACGUGGCGGCUCUGAAACCUGGGGACUGGGUCAUCCCGGCAGACACGGGACUCGGGACGUGGCGGACGAGGGGGGUGUUCCCCGAGAAGAUGCUGCUGAAGGUGCCCAGCGACAUCCCAGUGCUGUGCACAGCCACCCUGAGCGUCAACCCCUGCACGGCUUUCCGCAUGCUGACCGACUUCGAGACCCUGGCGCCCGGCGACUCCGUCAUCCAGAACGCUGCCAACAGCGCCGUGGGCCAGGCUGUCAUCCAGAUCGCCAAAGCCUCCGGCAUCAAGACCAUCAAUGUGGUGAGGGACAGACCUGAUCUCCCAAAGCUGGUGGAGAGGCUGAUGGCCCUGGGCGCAGACCACGUUGUCACAGAGGAGACGCUGAGAAAGCCAGAAAUGAAAGAUAUAUUUAAGAGCAUCCCGAAGCCCCGGCUCGCCCUGAACUGCGUCGGAGGCAAAAGCACCACGGAGAUGCUGCGGCAUCUGCAGCCCAAAGGAACCAUGGUUACCUACGGGGGGAUGGCAAAGCAGCCUGUGACGGUGCCUGUGAGCUCGUUCAUCUUUCGGGACGUGCGGCUCCGCGGCUUCUGGAUGACCCAGUGGAAGAAGGACCACGCUGACCCGCAGAGCCUGACCAGGAUGAUGGACACCUUGUGCCAGCUCAUGCGGACGGGGCAGCUCACGGCGCCAGCCCGCACCGACGUGCCUCUCCAAAAGGACUACCGGGUGGCGCUGGAGGCUGCCAUGAAGCCCUUCACGUCGUCGAAGCAGAUCCUGCUCCUCUGA